AUGGGCGGGAAGCUGAGCUCUCCUAUAUUAGAUGCUCAUCGCCUUAACGCAUCGAGAUCGUUCUCGGGCGGAUCUGAAGCCAGGAUACACCCAGUCCCAAGUCAAGACCCAUGCGCAUACACAGCAGGACGCUUCCUCCACCAAGACGAGCUUCAGCGCAGCGUGAGACAUAUCCAGUUCAAUUUCUCCAAGUUAUGUGAGGUUGCCAUCAGGCUGUCUGAGGGCGCGUCUCGCGUCACAAGCUAUGAAAAGAAGGAAGGCGGUUAUAACAGAGUGUUCAUCCUCUCCCUCGACAAUGGCAGACGCCUUGUAGCAAGAAUUCCUACGCGUGUCGCCGGGGCGCCACGGUUAACGACCAAUUCAGAGGUUGCAACGAUUGCAUAUUUACGGUCGAAAACCUCUCUCCCUCUUCCUCAAGUCCUGGCCUGGUGCGAUGAUCCUAGCAAUCCUGUUGGUGCCGAGUAUAUUAUUCAAGCACACGUCGACGGUGCCUUGUUGCAUGAACAAUGGCCACAUAUGAAUGUUCUCCAACAUAUGCAAUGCACCAAGCACCUAUCCCAGAUGACUCCGGAGAUGACAUCGCUCAACUUCCCAGCUUAUGGGAACAUUUACUUUUCUAAUGCUCCGAUCGAAGCUGGUCUGAAGGUUCCGCUACAGGACGAUGACGGAUUCUGCAUCGGACCUUAUUGCAGUCCAUUAUUCUGGCAUCUCGGAGCUGGAGAACCCGAGCUCUACGGAGAGCCUAGUGAAAACCGUGGACCUUGGAAAACCCUUGAUGACUAUGUGUCCGGACUAAUCGACACUGCUCUCUCCCGUAUACCGAAGGAACAGGGCAAUGGUCUUCCAUACCGUGGCUCCAUGGAAGAGCAUAUUCGUCUUGUGAAGAUCUGUCGGGAAGUAAUGCACAAAUUGGUACAAAGUCCUCACAUCCAGGGGGCUGGUAUGCCGACUUUGAUCCAUGCAGAUUACAACAAACGCAACAUCUUCGUUUCCUCUGACGACCCAACUGCUAUCACUGGCAUAAUCGACUGGCAGCUAACAUGUGUCGAGCCGGCGUUCAUACACGCACACAUGACUCCAGAUUUUGCAGCAUUUCCUGAAAUCGACCCAAGCGAAGAUGCCAGUGAAACAAAAUCUAAAGAAGAAGAGAGACUGCUCGAAGACCUCUCUAUAUGCAGUCAAACAUUUAAUGUGAUCAUGACAUACAAGAACCCGAAAAUUAAACCAGGAAGGCUACUUGAUUCCACUCUUUUCCGCCUCUUCCACUACUGCUUUACUACAUGGCGUGAUGGGAUACCCGCCAUCCGUCAAGAACUUAUUGACCUCAACCCCCUUUGGCAUAAGCCCGAACUAAGCUUGCCAGCCCCUUACCCAUAUGUUACUAGUGAACAGGAGCUCGCGGAGCACAAGAAGCAAUACGACGAUUUCGAAGCCAGAGAAAAGCUGAAAGCAUGGUUGAGAAUAUCUUUGCAGACGACUUCAGACGGAUGGAUCCCGAAUGAGCUUUGGGAGGACGCAAAGGAGGCAAAUAGGAUGGCGUAUGAACAAUGGAUAGAAACAGCAAGGGAGGCGGAGGCUCGGGGGGAUGAUGAUAUGACAGUUGAGAAGGCAGAAAAGCUAUGGCCAUUUGAUGCCAGGUAG